AUGGAGCUGCAAAAUGUCAUCCUGCUCCUCUUGCUGACAAUCAACCUUGCUAUCGCCCAAAACACUUCUAGAGAAGAAGCACAGGAACUCCAUGUUGGGGUUAUCCUUGACUUGGGGUCCAUUGUUGGCAAAAUGGCACGGACCAGCGUUUCACUGGCUAUGGAGGACUUCUAUGCUGUUCAUCGGAACUAUAGCACCAAGCUUGUCCUCCACAUCAGAGAUUCCAUGAGUGAUGAUGUCCAAGCUGCAUCUCAAGCUAUUGACCUGCUAGAGAAUUACAAUGUAGAAGUCAUCAUUGGUCCUCAGAAAUCUUCGCAAGCUAUAUUUAUCUCAAAACUUGGAAACAAAAGUCAUGUCCCAGUCAUAUCCUUCACGGCAACAAGCCCAUCUCUAUCAUCUAAAACUCUUCCAUAUUUUGUGCGAGCAACAAUAAAUGACUCGGCACAGGUAAAUUGCAUUGCCUCCAUGGUUAAAACCUAUGGGUGGAGAGAGGUGGUGCCUAUCUAUGAAGACACUGACUAUGGUAGAGGUAUCAUACCAUACCUUGUUGAUGUGCUACAAGAAGUUGAUGCCCGUGUUCCCUACCAAAGUGUGAUCCCUUUGUCAGCAACUAGUGAACAAAUUACUCUAGAACUCUAUAAGCUGAUGACAAUGCAAACGACAGUCUUUGUUGUACAUAUGUCAUUUACCUUGGCCUCCCUCUUCUUCAUAAAGGCAAGAGAAGUAGGGAUGAUGAACAAAGGAUAUGCAUGGAUCAUGACAGAUGGAGUAACCAAUCUAAUAGAUUCACUGAAUCCUUCUAUCCUAGAAUCAUUGAAUGGUGCCAUAGGUGUUGAGUUUUAUGUUCCCAAAACCAAGGAACUUGAUGACUUCGCCAUGAGAUGGAAUAUGAGGUUCCAGAUUGACAACCCAACUGAUCCACCAUUGAAAUUAAACAUCUUUGGACUAUGGGGCUAUGAUACAAUCUGGGCAGUAGCACAUGCCGCAGCAAAAGUUGGAAUUGCAAAUGCCACAUUUCAGAAACCAGGUGCCACAAGAAAUUCAAUAAGUUUGGAAACCUUGGAAACAUCUAGUAAUGGUCCAAAACUGUUGCAAGCAAUCCUGCAGAAUAAAUUUAGAGGCCUCAGUGGCAAUAUUGACCUUUCAAAUAGGCAGCUGCAAAUUUCAACAUUUCGGAUAAUAAAUGUAGUAGGGAAAGGAUGGAGAGAUAUUGGAUUCUGGACUGCACAAAAUGAACUCUCACAGCACUUAAAUAAAACCAGACAGGCAACAACACAUCUAAAUCCAGUUAUCUGGCCAGGAGAGUCCAUAGAAAUACCCCGAGGUUUUAAGAUUCCUGUAAGCGGGAAGAAACUUCAAGUUGGUGUGUGCACAAGUGGAUAUCCGGAAUUUGUGAAGGUCGAAAAGGAUCAUAUCACAGGUGCAACUAAAGCAAUCGGUUUUUCAGUGGAUGUAUUUGAAGAGGCAGUUAAGAGACUUCCUUAUGCAGUCCCUUAUGAAUAUGUCCUAUUUAGUACCAAGGAUGAUGGAAGUGCCGAAGAUUACAAUGAUUUUGUCUACCAAGUUUAUCUUGAGAAAUAUGAUAUAGUAAUUGGAGACAUAACAAUAAGGUAUAACAGAACAUUCUAUGCUGACUUCACUCUGCCAUACACAGAAUCAGGAAUAGCAAUGGUUGUUCCAGUCAGGGAUAGCAUAAACAAGAAUACAUGGGUUUUCUUGAAGCCACUAGAACCUGGAAUGUGGUUUGGAAGCAUUGUAUUCUUCAUCUACACUGAGGAGCUUGUGCAACGCUUUCUGUCCCGGAUAGUUUUGAUCAUUUGGUUGGUUUUCCUGAUGGUACUUACAUCAAGUUACACUGCAAGCUUGACAUCAAUGCUAACAGUACAGCAGCUUCAGCCAACUGUAACAGAUGUGCACGAACUCCUAAAAAGUGGAGAAUAUGUAGGAUACCACCGUGGCUCCUACGUCAAGGGACUUUUGGAAGAACUUGGUUUUGACAGGUCGAAGAUAAAGCCCUAUAAUUCCCCUGAAGAUUUUCACAACGCACUUUCAAGAGGAAGCAACAAUGGUGGUAUUGCUGCACUUGUGCAUGAGGUUCCAUACAUUAAACUGUUUCUGGCAAAUCACUGCAAAGGGUACACUAUGGUGGGACCAAUUUAUAAGGCUGCAGGUUUUGGAUAUGCAUUAUCAAAGGGAAAUCCCUUGAUUGGAGACAUCUCCAAGGCAAUCCUCAACGUAACUGGGGGUGAUACCAUGAUUCAAAUUGAGAAGAAAUGGAUUGGAGAUCGAAACAAUUGCCAGAACUUGGGCCCAGUAACUGGUUCAAGCAGACUCACAUUUGCCAACUUCAGGGGAUUAUUUAUCCUUACUGGAGUUGCUUCAACUUCUUCCCUUUUGAUAGCAUUGAUAAUUUAUUUCUACAAAAAGAAGCAAUCAAUAAAUAUUGUGUUAGACAAUGGGAAUCGACCAGAAGAAAGUGGAAUGAAUGAGGAAAAUAGUGAGGCCCAAGAAGGAAAUCAAGGAGGAGAUGAACAAAAUACACAGCAAGCAGGCCAGGAGGAAAGUGGGCUAGAAGAACAGACCAGUUUAGAAGUGGUAUCUGAGACAACUGACAGACAAGCAUUGUUAUGCCCAACAAUGGGUCAACUGUCGUUUUCAGGGGUAAAAUAAAAAAAAUACUAGCCUGCAAGUGGAACUCAUCUAAAGUUCAGUACAUUUUUAGCUCCCUGUUAUCUCAGCGAGCUCCCUAAGCUAAUAUGUUCAACCCUGGAAAUUAGCAUUCUUGAGCUACAUGUGUAAUAUAAAUAGUCAUUUGUGCCAGGGUUCAAACUUGUAAACAAUUAGAACUGCAGAAUAUCAUUUUAUUUGA